AGAGUAUAGUGAACCUGAUCGGAAGAGCUUUCUACCUGGUAUCCACAGCGAUCAUUAGUACCACUUUCAAGCAGUGGUUGUUAUGGACCCUUUUCAGCUUAUGUAUCACCUUCUAUUAGAACAUCCAGCCUAUGCGAAUUUGAACAUCAAACAUAUCGGAGUCGACUUCAUUUCUUCUGUUUAUAUUCGCCACCAAAUCUAUACCUCUAGAUAUUAGUUUUAAAAUUAUAAACUUAUUUAUAAAGUCGUGUCUUUCAAUAUAUAUAAUUCAUAACGUACCUCGGUAUUGAAGUGUUUGUUCCAGAAAUAUGUAUCUUGGAACAACUUGAGUGGAAUCUUUGGUGCUAAUGUGAUCAUCGAACUACUUUGGAAGAAUUUUCUCUAUCCUAAAACACUCGAUAAGUUCUUAAGAGUCGCUUAUUGACAUUAGAGAACCCUAUAGACUGUUUAUAUUUGAUGUCACGAGACGAUCUGAAUUUUUUAGAAACUAAACUCUUAUAACCUACUUCGAUCUCUGAACUCCUUUUGUUACUUUUUUCUACAUUUUGAGGAGUAUUGUGCUGCCUUCUGGGAAUAAUUUUUAUUAUCAUCGCUAUUUUGUACAUGUUAUCAGUCAAUCAAAGUCGACAUAAGUCUCAUUAUAUGCAAGAAACUAUAAAUAAUAUUUUAAAGUAUUUUAAAAUGCUUCGUGAAUUUUCACGAUGUCAUAUGAUCGACAUACCAACAGACACAUACAACAGUCCAGUCAAUCAGUCAGCUCUCCAUCAAUAACAUUUCACUCGCAUUCUCAAAUGCAUUACAAUGAAUUGCAAAUUCUCAAAGCACUUCUAGGCGCUCUUUUCUAUGCGCCAAUACGUCAACUAGCCUGUUAUGUACACUACUGAUCGCCAACAGUGCAGUGCAUUUCGUUGUUGUUUUCGCCUCUAACACCACCUUCUGUGUGCGUGUUCUAUUCGCCUUUUCUACCAAACAAGCCAAUCACUCACCAACACUGCUAUACAAUUUACAGUUGCCGCUGUGAUUAUAUUUCUUGACGCUUUAACUGCCGUUACUUCCACUCUCGGCACACAGCUGCUGCCACGUUUGUUCUCACCGCCGCGUCACAGUUGUCGCCGUCGCCCGCACAGCCCGCGGCGUCAUCGUCGUUCAGGCUGAGUAGCCGAUUGCGGUAGUGCGAGUGUGUGGUGUUCGUAGGUAAGUUCGUUUGUUGUUGACAGUGUGACUAGUGGAGGAGGUGUGCUGAGUGUGUCGUUUACACGUGCUUAGAACGACUGGCGCUCCCAGACAAUGGGCUUUAGGUCACAGCGAAAUCCACGUGACUUGCUGCGUCGACAGCGCUGUGACGAGCUUUUUUACUACAACAACGUCGCUGUGCGCUGUCAACGCCAGCGCUGCAUUAGCUCAUUGCCAUCGCAUUGCAUUGCCGCGGCGCGUAGGUGAGUCGUGAGUUUAUGAAGUUGUCUCUCUUCCUCAAAGCUUUCGACGCAGUUGCGACGUUUAUUAUUGUUAUUUGUUUGGCUUUAUGCUGCUUGUUGCAUUCUGUAAUUUCAUGUUAUUUAUGCGUUUUUUUCACACACUUUUCUUAUUGUUGUUAUUGCUUGUUGUUGUCAAUUAGCCGCCACUGCUGCAGUUUUGUUGCUGUUGUUUUUGUUUUUGUUUUGAUCAAAAAUCGAAAAAUGCACAUUGUCGUCAUCGACUUUGCCGCAAUGGACUGACUGAUUCGGCUAUUUCCAUCUCACAUGUGGUGGACACGGAUCCGGCUUUGAUGGCCGCUGUAGCUCACGUUUGAAAUGUGAGAAUCGCGGAAAGAAUGCCGUUAAAUACCGUAAGCGUUGCUUUCGUGCGUUUCGUUUUUUCGUGGAAUAUUCCUUCGCUUUUUUGAUGAGCUUGUAAAUGUGUUGAAAGAAAACAAUUUUUUAUGCGGCCAACAAUUUAUUCACGUUGCAAGCUUUAAAGCCGAUCGCACGUCAGCGCUUCUCGAAUUCUUCGGUAUCACUCGGUCGACAGCGGACAGCUAUUUUCGCAUUUGUUUAUUGCCUUUAUUUGUGCAAAUGUACUUCUAAUGUGUGAUACGUCAGCGCGCAUACAUUGAAAGUCCGUUUCUCACACAUAAUCGGUGGGAAAAGUUAAAAAUAAUGUUCCAAUUUUAUUUUUAGUCUGAUAUUACAGUUUUGCUUCGCGGCCGUCACUUUCCCUGAGUGCUUUAGAUGUUGGGAACAUAAUGAAAGUAAACAUUUGGUGGGAGUUUAGCGUUUUGUUUGGAAAAGUAUUACAUUAGAUACAUUGUUUUUGUUGUUUAAUUAAAUUGGUUAUAUGAGUAACCACGCAUAAUAAAGAAUGGUUAUACAUUCAGUUUAUACAUUGAUUAUUAAUAGAAACUUAAUUGUAUCUCUAUUAAUAGUUUAACGAAUUAUUUUCCUUUCAGCAUUUUAUAAUUCCUAAUGUCAAGCAAAUCUUGUGUUGAAACAUUGAUCUAAUCAUGGACUAACUAUCUGCUUGGUCCUCUUUUCUGCUUAUAUCUGGAUUAAAAGUUACUUAGUUAAGAUCUCUAGACUUAAUGCAUAUAGAAAGUGCAGAUUUCGGAACAUCUGUGGUAAAUCCACUAUCUAUAAUAAUUUUCUGAUUUUCUCUUACUAUAAGGUUAUUUCAUUAAAUGAUUUACUUUUGCAAGCUGAAAAUGUUAAUUAAGUUUGCAAAAGUCACUGAAACGUGUUCUGACUCCAUUUUUCUCAAAAAACACCUGAAUCGUUCCGUAAGCAGUUUCGGAGGGUCUUCUUGACUCGUAUAAAAAUAAUUAUAGGGACAAACUGCAGCUUUCAAUAUUUUAAUUCUAUGACUUCACAAACAACAAAAUCGUUCAGAAUGCCUAUGAAAUAAGUUCAUCGUUCUUAAGCAACAAUAAAACUGUCACUUUUUAAUAAGUUAUUGGUUUUCGACAUUGACGUGCCACUUUUUCGAUAUCGAUGUUGCUCUCAAGCCUAAAAAAAUACCUUUAGAGUUUGUUUCGUACUGAUGGCUUGAAAAUAAUCAAGAUGAAAAGAGCUCUCAUCACUCACCCAAAUAUUUUUAUAACUGAAAAAUAAUAUUCUUGAUUUUUAAACAAAUAAUAAACUUAUUUUAUUGCUGCCUCAAGUUCUAUUUCGAAUCACGAGUACUAUUUUCUUACACACGGAAUUUUAGAUAUUAAUUAUAUGGAUUAUAGCCCAGAAACAAUACGUUGAAAUUGUUGAUUACAUUUAUCAAAAUUUUGGUUGUAAAUUGUUUAAGAUAAGUUGGAUACGGUACGAUACACGCAACGAUUUAAAAUAUACAAAAAAGUUCAGGAUUUCGAAACUAGUUUUCUUUUUGUAUACAUAUCAUCGAGCUGAAUGGUGUUAAAACAACUCAAAUGCGAGAUAUAUAUUCCAGUGUUCUGAAGAAAAAAGUUCACUCUUAAAUAUGAAUAUGAAAUAUCUAUGUAUUUAGCUCAAUAUUGAAUCUAAAAGCUUUUUUUGUUGUUAACGAAAAUUGGUCGUGGCAUCGCCCACUUAUGGGUCAAAAACCAUAUCUCAGGAAGUACUCAGACAGACAGAUUUCAAUGAAAUUCGGUAUAUAAUUUAUUUAUUGACACCCUGAUGACACGUGUGAAAAAUGAACGAAAUCGGUUCACACCCACGAUAACUUCCCAUAAAACUCAUUUUUGAAUUUCAUAUUUUAACUUUAUAAGAUACACAUAAGGAACGAAAUAAAUGUUUACAUAAAUGCUGUAUAUUAUCCGUGGCAUCACUUGUGAAAAAAUUGUCGAAAUCGGACUAUAACUUUUCAAUGCCAUCCGGGGCAUCGAAUAUAAAAAAUAUCGGUAAAUCUCUCAGAUAUCUCAAUUUAAUUUAGAGGAUAUCUUUUUCUUCCAAUAGUGUGUCUCUGUAUCAGAAAUGGUUAAAAUCAGGUCACAACUUCCCCUAGCUUUCAUAUAGCUAAUUAUAGGAUUUUCAAAAAUACGAUGGACGUAAUAGCUUAUAAAUGGGUUAAUAUGUGAAAUAUCUUAGCCAAAUUAAAUUAGUAUAUAACUUAGAUAUAAUGUAUGUUGGUGAUGACAAUGAGUUUAAUCGGUUCAGGAAUUACCUCAGCACUUACAUAGCAUAAAUUGCUGGAGUAUAAAGUGUUCGGUUGCACCCGAACUUAACUUUUCCUUACUUGUUAAAAUAUAAUGGCAAACCCUUAUCUUUACAAUAAAGGUAAAUUCUUGGAUAAAACAUUAACUUGUAUGGAUUUUAUGUCUUCUUGAAACCCACCGAUCUAAAUAACACUCCGUUAUUUCACUAGCCUUUUAAGGUUUUGAAUAAAGGUAACGAAUCAUUUUGCAACUUAAGCUUCCGAAAUACUUAAGACAUUCGAUUUUAUUAAUACCUCGAAUUUGUUUAUAACUGUAUAACAUUUCAUUUUCAAUAACUAUACCACGAUUGUUUGAGUUCUAAGCUGAAUUUUUCAGAACAGCUCAUAUCAGUUGCAAGUUCCUCAAUCAAAUUUAGUUGAUAUCAAUUAAUAUUCCUAAAACACAAAUUUUCUGACCGACAUCAACUGAUUGCUCCUCGUUUCAGUGAUUUGUGUGCGCAUGAACACAACGAGUGACCAGUGAUAACGCCUGCCACACGACAAAUCCAAAGUCUCCCAAAGCAUACACACACAUACACACACACAUAAAGUACAUCUGUAUUCAUAUAUGUAUUAAGGCAUGCAUUGAAGCAACCCCUAAAUGUGCAAAACCGUUUAUGGACAGCCUCUUUUGCAUAUUGUUUGUUGUACUUUGCACGGUUGUGCCUUUAUUUCAGGUUAUGCUAUGCUAUGUAUGGGUUAUGCGUUGCUAUGCACUUGCCGUCUCUCCAAUGUACUAAUAUACAAUAUGUAGUAGCUUAUUAGAGCGAUAGAGUGACUGUUAGUAAAUUAUUCCAAAUCAACAGUGUGUCAAAGAAAUAUACAAACACACACAUUUACAUAUGUACAACUGCACUUUCGUAUGCAUUAUAAUGCAAUGAGCGCUUUGCUUUUGCCGCUGCAUUCAUACCAAUAUACCCCUCGUAGAAACAUAUGCAUAGAACACCCCUCAACACCCCACCACACCGUCGCCUAGCUACCCCUUUAUAGGGCUCAUUGAUUCUUUUUUGUUUUUUUUUUUUUUUUGCAUUUUCUUCGAUUCUUAUUUGUUUGUUGGAGCAAAGUGGCGCUCACGUUGUACGGCCGCAUGCGAGCUGGUAGCACCGCUGCUGGUAGCGCUGCUACUGAUGACUUCCUGCGCAGCGCUGCGCUGCUUUGGCGCUCCAGUGCUCCAGCGCGUUGUUCUACUCUGCUGCUCGGCGACUGAUUUGGCUGCUUGCCGUCGACGUCCGCUGCUCGCUGCUCGCUGCUCUGCGUCAGGCUGCCAGCCCGCCUGGGUGGCUACGUUGUGCCAGUGCUGGUGCUAAGGCCGGCAUUUGGUCGUUUCGCGUUCACUUUGACGUAUUGACGUACGGUAGUUUGGCCGUUUAGCGGAAAAUUACAACGCGGAAAAUACAAUAAACUUUGGCUUGACAAAUAUUCAAGUGCCGUCGCCAAUUACGAACGGCGCAAAGUAUUGAGGCGCUCGAAAAUAAACGUUCUCGAAACAAACCAUAGUGUGUGUGCGUGUUUGUGUUUGCACUGUUUUGAAAUCUCAAAACUCGCCUAGAAGUUGGUGGCUUGACUAAGCAACUGGUCAGCGGUGGAAACGUUUUAUAAUACUAUUUUCAACACUACGUAACUACAUAAAAUGAUAAUAAUAAUAAUAAUAACAAAAACAAAAGCAAAUUGAAAACUUGAAACUUAAAUUGACAAACAAACGACGAUCGGUUGAUCUCAUUCUCUUCUUCAUCUAUUUGACACUAGUAUAACGUAAAGCUAAAGAAAAACUGCAAAGCUUUACUUAAAUUGCCAGCGCUGGAACGACACAACUUCAUUUAUAGAGAAUUGAGUGCAAUUAGUUAAUUUGCAUAUCAUCCACCUCUUAAGUUACGGAUCGUAUUUGGAAAAAGUUUUUGCUAUGCUUUGUUUUAUGUUAAAAACCUUAAGAUCGUGCUUCUAAGCAUAUAUACAUACAUACUGACAUACAUACAAACAAAAAUCAUUAAACUAAUACAAGGAAUCUUAUCGUACUGGUUGGUUUGUCUGAAUCACCGCAUCUUUGGGAACUCUCAUUACACAUCAGCCCAGCCACUUAAAACAUCCGGAAAAUAUCGGAAAAAUAUACAUUCAUAGCAAAUAUAAAUCAUUUCAUCAUGAAAGUAAAGAAAGUCAUUCGGAAUUAGUAAACACCGUUGAGAAAAAGACGCAGCUGCAACGUGACCGCAACUGCGACGAUUUUUUUUCGCGUUUUUUUUUUUUUGUUUUUGCAUGAUGCCUACUCACUUGUUGAUCAUUUUAAAUAGAUAUACACGCUCGUAUAGGCAGCAUUUUAUGUUGGUUUACCAACAAUAAUUGUUUUUGCUUUUAACGUGAUUUACUGUUGGCUGCGGUUUUUAUUGUUUUUGUUACUUGUAAAACGAAUCAUCAUUUUUUUUAUAGAUUCAAGAGUCUGCUUACUAUACUAUAUAUAUAUUUAAAAAGAAAUCAAUCAGAACACCCCACAUUGAGUUGCACGCGACCUAGUGGAAGUGAACCUUUUCUUAGAAAAACCCACAUACGGUUCUAAUUUUCAUCGAAAUUUGUUGUUGAUAACAAAGAUCACUACAGAGUUACAAACAAUACUGAUUUCUCUCGAUCAAUUUGUGCGCUUUAUUUGUUUUGCAUUUUUUAAUGAUUUUACAAACAUUUUUCAUAGUGUUGCCAGAUUUUUCAAUCAAAAUUAGAGUGUUUUUGUCGAGAUUUUGAAAACCUUUGUUUUGACUUUUCUGGAAAGAUGCGAGAGCCUCAAAACCCGUUAGUUUAAUUUUUAAACUUCGAGAGCUUUUUAAAAGCUCUUUACUAAUUACAAUAGAAAAUUGCACACAUUACUAUUUCUGAGUGUUAUAUAGUAUAACUAUUUAGGAAAAAAGCUUUCUAUAUCAAAUUUAUAAAUGAAUUACAGUAUAACUGACUAAAUAUAAUGAAAAUGCUUUAUUUAAAAAUGUCAAAGCAUAAGUUCCACCAUUUUCCUUCAAAAGUUGCGGUUAGGUUCGAAAGCAAUCAUUAUAAGUUCAUUAACAACUUUUUUUCCAUAAUUUUCUUCAAAAAUAUUUCAUACGGGUAUAAAUGUUCGACAUAAUUGACCAAAGUAGUAAAAGCAUUUCGCACAUCGCAUUCUUUAUAUAAACUACGCCUGCGGGUAGGCUACAUAAAAUCACUGCAUACUCAUCCACUUCUAACAGAACCAAAUAUCAGUGCUUUUUAUUUCAUUAUACAAUCGAAUUUCAUGGCUUGUGGAACAGUUUAAUUAUGUGACAACACCAACAGUCACAUUUAAUACAAUUUACUAAUGUAUGAACCAAAAUUUUAGCACACGCUUCCAGAUGUGACCUCUAAGGUAAAACAGCCAAUUUAAAAAGCAUUUAACCAAAUAAAAAGUGCCCAAAAUAACUCAAAAACCAAAUAAAGCCAAAAACAAAACAAACAAAAUCUAAGUCAAUUUGCGUACACACGCCCAACAAAUUGACCGUGAAAAAUGUGCGAGUCGCGUAGGCGUAUACGCAACCUCAACUUUGGUUUACAAUUACAAGUGCGUGCGCGUCUUAUUGACGCUCUAAUAGUUUGCAACACUUAAACGCUGUUUGUGAACAGCAUUAACAACAACAACAACAGCAACAGCUAUAACAACAACAACUUGUGCAGUGUUUUUUACCAUUUUAGAGAACCGUUAAGUACACCGUCGCCAACGGUUGCGCACAACAACCACAGCCAGCAUGUCGUCACAGACGAGUACUUGCAACAGCUUCUUCCAGGAGCAUGCGAACAGCGCGCUGAAUCAAUAUUUCCAGCAAUUGAAUUCGAAUGCGGCCGCUGCAGCCGUCGCUGGCAUGAGCAGCAGCAACAAUAGUGAUAGCAGCGCCAAUGAGGGUGGCAGCAGCAUGACCAGUUCAUCGUUGGAGGGCAAUCGGAGCAGUGUGAGUAGCAUUGAUUCGUCGAAAUCGGUGAAUAGUAAUGGCAGUGGCAGCGCUGCGGCACAAUGGAAUAGUAUGCAACAACAGCAACAGGCGCAGCAACAACAACAGCAGGCGCAACAACAGCAGCAAGCGCAGCAACAACAGCAGGCGCAGCAACAGCAAGCGCAACAACAACAGGCGCAACAUCAGCAGCAGCAGCAGCAACAUCAUCAUCAGCAACAACAACAACAGCAUAUGCAUCAUAACCAGCAACAGCAACAUAACUCACAUCAGCAGCAGCAGCAAGCGCAACAGCAACAGCAACAACAUAAUCAUCAUCAGCAUCAGCAACCACAACAGCAUUCACAGCAGCAGCAGCAACAACCACACUCACAGCAGACGCAUCACCAGCAUCAUCAUCAGCAACAACAGCAGCACCAACAACAGCAGCAGCAACAGCAACAACAACAACACUCCCACCAACAACAACAUCAGCAUUCCGCCGUGGCCGCCGCCCAUAAUCAAUUGUCCGCACUUAGCCAAACACUCACACAAAAUUUGGCCGCCGCCGCUGCCGCAUCCAACGCCUCGGCCAACACCAAUCCACACUCGAUCUUCGGCUCCGGCAAUUUCCAUUACAAAACCAACAAUUCAUGGACAAUACCCACCUUAUCUUGCUACCAGCGUCUCUACAAUGAAAACCAGCAGCAUUAUCACCGCCAAUUUGGCAACAACGGUGGCGGUGGUGGUGGCAGUGUUGGUUCCAGCAACAGUGGUAGUGUUGGCGCCGGCGGUAAUUCCUCCGAUUCUCAAGCACUUACACAAGUCUCAGGCGGCGGUGGUGGCGCUGGCGGUGGCAACGGACUGAACAGCUGUAAUGCCAAUGCUGCUGCUGCAGCCUCCGUGCAACAUGUUGCCAACGCUGUGGCGGCCGCUGUUAUGGCCAACGAGCAGCAUCAGAGUCAUUUGAACAGUUUGAAGGCGCGCUUUCAGACACCAGGCAAUGCAGGCAGGAAAUCUCCAUUUUUGGGUUUCAUUUGCAAAACAAACGGCAAAUCCUCAUCGAAUAGCAAAGAAGUUAUCUGCGGCGAUGAUAAAUACAAAGAAGAGGGUGAUCUCUGGAAUGUGGAGGCACAAACCGCAUUCCUCGGGCCGAAUUUGUGGGACAAAGCUCUGCCGUACGAUGCCGAUCUUAAGUAUGCAGAUUUGGAUGAAUUCUUGUCGGAGAACAAUAUACCUGAUGGCUUGCCUGGCACCCAUUUGGGACACUCAAGUGGUUUGGGGCAUCGAUCAGAUUCGCUGGGUCAUGCAGCUGGUCUGGGGCUGGGUCUCGGCCAUAUAACGACGAAACGUGAACGUUCCCCAUCGCCAUCGGAUUGCAUAAGUCCGGAAACAUUGAAUCCACCAUCGCCGGCUGAGUCAAUAUUUGACAUUUCAGGUUUCUCCUUUGCAUCAUCGGGGCGGGACUUCGAUCCGCGCACCAGAGCAUUCUCCGAUGAAGAGCUCAAACCGCAACCGAUGAUCAAGAAAUCACGCAAACAGUUUGUGCCCGACGAACUGAAGGAUGAUAAAUAUUGGGCACGUCGCCGGAAGAACAAUAUUGCCGCCAAGCGAUCACGUGACGCACGCCGCCAAAAAGAAAAUCAAAUAGCGAUGCGUGCCAGAUAUUUGGAAAAAGAAAAUUCGACAUUACAUCAAGAAGUGGAACAGUUGAAACAGGAAAAUAUGGACUUGCGUGCGCGUCUCUCAAAAUUCCAAGAUGUGUAAUGUUAAGCAGCAACACCACCCCUCCUCCCAAAAAAAAAAAAAAAAAAAAAUUACUAAAUAAUUAUAUAUAUACAUAACUGUAAAUGUAUAUAUAAAUGUGUAUAACUCCUCCAAGAAACAAACCACAACCACCAAUCUAAAAUGCAACCAAGCAGGCAACAAUUUAUGUAAAAUAUAAGCAAAGCUAAGCAACCGUUAAUCAUAGCGCGGGCAAAGGAACUGGAAAUGGUUAAUGGAUGAACCACAAAGCAGCUCACACAGCUUAACAGCCGGUAGAAAACUCAUGCCACACACACAUUCUCUCACACUCUCCCACACACAAAUAUGCAAUGGCCUAACUGUAUCAGCAGUACAUAUAUAGUAUAAAUAUAUAUAGUAUACAGCUUCUAAUUGAGAAAUAACGGUACAUACAUACAUACAUACAUACAGAUGUUAUGUAAAAGAAAUUUUUAAUUAAAUUUACAGUUAAUGCAAAAAAUUAACAGCGAAAUUAAUCACCUGUAUAAUAGAAAGCAAACAACAAAAACAACAACCAACUCACACAAGCUGUAGCAAAACAAGUGUGAAAAGAAGGUAGAAUAAUACCAGAACGAAGCAAAAGAAGUAUAAAAACCAUACAUAUUUAUAACAGUAAAUAUGUAUAAGCAAAAUUCAACACAAAAAUGAAAUACUAAAAUUAGAUGGAAAAAUAAAUAACAACAACAAACAGCAACGUUUAAAGUCAGGCUAAAAUACUAACUAAAUUAUUUAUGAAACAACGGCGGAGAAGAACAGAGCAUUUGUAUGUGAAGAACCGAUUGAGCGGUGGCUGGUAGAGGAGGUCGCGCGAGCAUUUCUUGCAAAGUGUGGGUGUAUAUUUGUAUAACUACAACAACAACAAUAACAACAAAUAGUAAAGUUGAAACUAUAAAAAUCGGCAAGCAACUUGCUGAAAUAUACAAUUUGUUAAACAAAUAAAUGAAACAACAACAACUCUUACAACAAACACAAAGAAAUAAACAUAUGUAUGUAUGUAUACUAGUUAAGUAAAUAAUUUAUAUACAAGCAGACAUAAAAAAGGAGACAUACACAAUGCAAUUGUCGCAUGCAAUAAAACAACAACAACAAGAAUAAGAAAAUUAUUUUAAAAUUUACUGUUAAAAGAAUUAAAACGGAAACCAAGAAAGUCAGACAAAAACUGCUUACAAAUACAUAUAAUACUUAGACUAAAUUAAUAUAAAUAAUUAUAAAAUAGUUGCAUAAAGUUAUAAAUAUAAAUAAAAGUUUAUAAAAACUAAAUAAAAAACAACAAACAAAACAAUAAGAAGAAGCACUAUGUGAAAUUUAGAAAUAAUUUUAAAAGUAAUGGUAAAAAUUAACAAAAAUGCUUACGUACAUUUGAAUAGAUAUACACUGACACACACCCAUAUACAAAUACGCACGCCAAGCAAGCUGGGCAGAAAAUGUAGAAUCUUCUCACACGCAAGCUGUUGUAAGUGUAUAGGCAGUUGCAUACAGUUGCCAGCAACGUGAGCAAGUUGAGUCAACAUGUUGCCACAGCAUAUGUUGUUUAUCGUUAUCUGCUUUAAAAGCUGAAAAUAUACUUAGCAACAUAUGUUGCGAAUAGCAAUGUUGCAGCCACAUAAAUAAGACUAAAAUGUUGCAACAAAAUUUAUUGUCUCUAAGCAAGAGUAAUUUUCUGAUUUAAAAUACUUUUAAAAAAAUUAGCAACAUAAUAAUGACCAAAAUAUUGCAGCAACAGAUGUUGCCCGUAAUCAAAAAUAAUUUUCUGUUCUAAAAAGUUAAAAAAAGCUUAACAACAUAUUAUGUGAAUGAUUAUGUUGCAGCAACAUCAGUAAGACAAAAAAUGUUGCAGCAACUUUUGUUGUUUGUAACUAAAAAUAAAUUUCUGAUCUACAAAUAUUUUAAAAAUCCUUUGCAACAUAUGUUGCGAAUUGUAUGUUGCAGCAACAUAAGUAUGACUAACAUGUUGCAUCAACAUAUAUUGCUUGUGAUCAAAAAUAGUUUUCUAAUAUUACCUGUCAACAAUAUCAGUUAAAAAUACAGAAAUUUUGUUUAGCAACAUAUAUUGCUAAUACUAAUGUUGCAGUAACAUCAAUGUGACUAAUUUUGUUGCAGUUAUAUACAUAUGUGUGUUGUGAUACCAAAACUGAGCAAAGUCAAUAUCAGAAUAAAGUUGUGGACGUUUAGCUUGUCAGUGCAAAAAUAUUGAUCAUGUUAAGUGGGAAAUUUCUUAAUAUGGUCAAACGUUCACGUGUGAAAUACAUGUUGCAACUACCAACAACAAGCAGUGCUAAUUGUUGCUGCAACAUUUUUUCUCGAUGAAUAAAUAAAACUUCCUAUAUUGCUAGCGAUGAGUGCUAAAGGUUUACUUAACAUGCCUCUACAACAUUUGUUGUGAUCAAAAAUGUUGCAGCAACAUAUAUUUUGAAAUCAAAACUUCGAAAAUAUCUAAGAUCUAAAUAAAAUAGCUUCUUUUGUAAAUUAAUUGCACUAAUUUUCCCAUAAAUUUCAAUAAAUUUAUAAUUAUUCUCAACAAUACUUCGUCAACAUGUUACUGUUUACGCUCUAUACCCGAGCUAACUUCAUUAUCGUUGCUGGCAACAUUUGUGUGUCUCUAAACCUAUAGAGGCGCCAACAAACUACAAACCCAGCUGGAAAUACACACAUGUACAGGUGACUCAUUAUUAUUAAAGCAAAACCAAUUAAAAGCGCAAUAAUACUGACUCAAAAGGCUUCAACUAAAAAUAAAAUUAAAAUAUGAAAAUAAAUUAAAAACUAAAAUUAAGUAAAGCAGCAAAAAUUUAAUAUUAGUGACUUGAAAGGUAGAGCAUGAAAAACUGAAUGAAAUAAAGCAACCUAAAACAAUACGGAAAUUGUGUACCUAAGUUUAUAAUUAAAAGUAUGUACACACAUAAGAGAACAAAUAGAAAUUACAUUGCUUAAUUUAAAAUAGCAAGUUUUUUUUUAAUUUUUGAAAUCAUACUUGAAAUAUUGGCUAAACUCUAAGACGCAAAGAUUAGUUAAUUUAUCAAACAAACACACUGGUUUCUACGGCUGAGUUCUGUUAAGUUUCCAAAGGGAUGCCGAACCGUAGGUAAUGGAUAAUAAUAAUUAUUUAUGUUGGAUUAUUUUGUGAGCACUCGCUGUAGUAUUUUCAUUAUAGGCUUUGUAAGAAGAGUUCAAUGUACCAGAAUAUGCAAAAUCCAUAUUAAAUUUCCGGUAUGCAAGGAGAACAUCUACGUAUGUACCGAGAAUUUUGUAUAGACUAACCAGAGCUCUAUAUACACUUCGCUUUGGUAUUUAUUAAUACCGCGACCAGUUUCUGAAGUCUUUUCCAUAAACGUUGCUUGUUUGUGUUAUGCAGUUCUAGUUAUAACUAAGGAACAUUGUUGCAAAUGUACGAACUUUUCGAAAAAAAAAAAUUUCUAAAGUGUGUGAGAAAUAUUUUUAAAAUAUUAUUUUUUACUAAUUCGACAGCAAAAAUCGCUUUAACUCCCUACCUUAUCAAUUUGUGCUUCCGUUGAAUGCUUUAUUGCCAAUUAUCCUUUAACCAUUAUCGCAUAGUUAAAGUUGACUUAUAGUGUGUAGUAACUGUUAUGUUAAAAUAUUACAUAGAAAAUGUGUGUAAUAUGUUGCAAAUUAGAUGAAAAUGUAUUUUUUGUGAGUGUAUGGACAUAAAAGCAUAUAAAUAAAUUUAAUUUCUUUUUAUAAAAUUACGUAUUUAUAUGCUGUAGUGAAACUCUUCUUUAGUGGAAUUUGUUCUUUUGUGUUUGUUACAAAUGGUUAACAAUUUUGUGAACUCAAGAAUAGUUAAUAAUUCUAUUGAGUUAAUUGCAGACGCUGUAAAAUACAAUAAAUGAGAACGUAGAGUGUGUAGUAGUUUACCUUUCCUUAAAGUGAAACAAAAGUAAAUAAUCAAAUAAAGCAUAGUUCACAGUUUGUACCUAAGCAGCGCUUAAUAAUAAUAAUAAAGGCUAAUAAUUAUUUGUUAAUUAAAAUUAAAAAAAAUGUUUUGAAAUCAGUGUAGUGUUUUUGCUUAAUAUAUUAUUUUAAAAUUGCAAUUUAGAGAAAUGAAGUUUUAUGAUAUUUUUUAUUAAAAAUAUGGGAAAAAAUCUAAUAAAAAAUUAUUUAUGAACUGAAAUGGCACGUAAAAUAUUUUCUAUUAAAAAUUGACAAUACUAUUUAAAAUUUUUUCAAAUCUUUACAUUUUAUUUUUUUUUUAAUUUUUAUUUUUAAACAGACUAUAUACACUUAUAUCAUUAUUAAUUAUUUUAUUUUCUGAAUUAAUACCUACUUUCAUGUUGCAGGGUGUGUUACUUAACCUUUUCUCAAUAUUUGUUAUACAAAACUACACUUAAUAUAAUUAUUGUUUUAAACCUUUGUUGGCUGAGCUACAAAACUUGAAUCUUUCUAUGUUUUUGAACAUGUUUUUCGAAAACUUUUAUUCGGAAAAAAAGUCUUCCAAUGUUUUAUGAGAAUUUUUAACAUUUUCCUACAUUAAAAAUUUAAAUUGUAAAUCAAUUGUUGACAUAGAACACACAUCCUGUUUAUAUGCCUAUGAAAACUAAAUUUUAAAUUUCAAAAUUCUGCUUCCUGUUAGAAAUAUUAAAAUAAAUAAAUAAAUAUAAAUUAAUAAAAUAAAAUAAAAUAAUUAAAAUAAAAUAAAAUAAUAUAAAAUAAUAUAAAAUAAAAUAAAAUAAAAUAAAAUAAAAUAAAAUAAAAUAAAAUAAAAUAAAACAAAAUAAAAUAAAAUAAAAUAAAAUAAAAUAAAAUAAAAUAAAAUAAAAUAAAAUAAAAUAAAAUAAAAUAAAAUAAAACAAUAAAAUAAAAUAAUUCUACAAAAAAAAAAUAAAUAAAAAAAUAUUUUGAAAUAAUAUUUAAAAAUUAAUGAAAUUUUUUUUAAAAAUUAAGCUAAAAAUAAUAAUAAAAUACUGGUAAACCUAAAAACAAUAAAAAAAUAUUUUUUUUUUCAAAUCUUAAAUUAUUUUUUUAAAAUAUAUGUUCAUUUUCAAACAACUAAACCAUUAUUUUUGCGCGUUUGAAAUUUUUAACUCUUCAGUUAUCUUUAACAUUCAAUUAAAAAAAAAUAUUUUUAGAAAACAUUAAAACUUACCAUAAACCAUUACAUUAAACGCUAUUAUGCAUAUAUCAACGUGUAAAAAUACUUUCUAACAUAUUCAUAUAAAGAGCUGCUAAUCGCAACACACUUUUGCCCAGUUCGUCCCCUAACCUAAAUGUGGUAUAAAACAUGAAUUAUGAUUAUGUGAAUGACGAUGAUUUCAAAAUGCAAAGAUUUCAAAGCUGUUUUUUAGCUAACCAUUAGUAGUGUAGUUAAUUUACUUUACAUAAAUAUUUUUUUUUUGUAAUCAUUAUUUGUAAAUACGAUUUACAAAGCAAACAAAAUAAAUGUUUAAACAUUUGUUGGUGUAGUAAAUAUAUGAUGGAUUUUAGUUGUAUAGUAUGCCUACCUACCUUACUAUUUUUACUACAAUACAUACAUACAUACAUAUUAUUACAGUAAAUAUAAUUACAUUUUUAUUUUAGUUCCAUUUAAAAAAAAAAAUUUAAAAUAUAAAAAAAAACAAAAAAUAUGCUAAAUUUUAAGUUAAGUUUGUUUGCUUAAGUUUUAUCGUAAAUGAAUUCGGUUUUUCUUGAUAAAAAAAAGUUAUUUUCCUUGUUUGAUUUUACAACAUUUGUGCGCAUGCGAAAGAGUUUUUUAAAUAAAAACAAAAAAAAAUAAAAAAAAAAAAAUAAAAAAUAUAAUGAGUAAUGCAGCAAAUUGAAACAUGUUAUACAUUUUUUUUAGUUUAUAAGUUAAUUACUGUAAAAAUAUUCGAUUAUUUAUUUUAUAGAAAAUUUGUAAAAUAGUGUUUUAUUAAUAUUAUUAUUUACAAAGGUUUGCAUUGUACUAAAAACAAAAAUUACAAAAAAUAAAAAAUAAAAAUAAAAAAAUAAUUAUAUAUACAAACAGGAUAGAACAGUUAACGCUUUCUGUUGCCCACAAAAUGUAAGAAAAAGCUGAAAUACAUUUGAAAGAAAUAAAAGCACUUUUGAUUGAGUAAAAACAUACACAU